GUCCCUUGUGACUCCGCAGCCAUGUUCGGCUUUAGAGCAAAGCGUCCGGGCUCCAUAACUGUGCUGCUGCUCCGUAACUGUGCUGUGGCUCCAUAACUGUGCUGCUGCUCCGUAACUGUGUGGCGGUUCCGUAACUGAUAACGCUGGAUGUCAGUCUGCUGCUCUGAUACAUCCAGGGAGUGAAUAUCUGUCUGUCACACAUAAACGUUUCGGAAGUGAACAAGCGGAAGGAGAUCCGGUCUGGACGUCAUGGCCUCUCGUAAAAAGGUGCUGCUUAAGGUGAUCAUCCUUGGUGAUUCUGGGGUCGGAAAGACAUCUUUAAUGAACCAGUAUGUUAACAACAAGUUCAGCAACCAGUACAAGGCCACGAUCGGCGCCGACUUUCUGACCAAAGAGGUGAUGGUGGACGACAGGCUGGUCACCAUGCAGAUUUGGGACACAGCCGGACAGGAGCGUUUUCAGUCUCUGGGCGUGGCGUUCUACAGAGGCGCUGACUGCUGCGUGCUGGUCUACGAUGUCACAUCUCCAAACACCUUCAAGACUCUGGAUAGCUGGAGGGAUGAGUUCCUGAUCCAAGCCAGCCCUCGUGACCCAGAGAACUUUCCCUUCGUCGUGCUCGGGAACAAGAUCGACUUGGAGAACAGACAGGUCACUACAAAGCGAGCUCAGGCCUGGUGUCAAAGCAAGAACAACAUCCCUUAUUUUGAGACCAGUGCCAAAGAAGCCAUCAAUGUGGACCAGGCUUUCCAAACCAUUGCUCGCAAUGCACUCAAACAGGAGACCGAGGUGGAGCCCUACGAUUUUCCCGACCAGAUCAAGCUAAGAGACGACAGACCUGCCACCUCGAACGAUGGCUGCAGCUGCUGAGGGAGAUAUAAAAAAAAAAGCUAAUGGCAAGGAGGGAAAGAGAUGACCGUGAUCUAGCAGAGACAAACAAAGAGAAAAUAACAACAACAACAACAAAAAAAAGCAGUACCAACCACCACCAUCUUUGCCAUGUCUUCUCUUCCUCAUACAACACCUCCAGGGUUUGAAUCCAUCCGAUGGCGUCUCUUUCUUUCCCAGUCCCGUGCAGCACAGGGCAUCAUCUUCGAUUCAGCAUAGCAACCCUUAAAAAAAAAAAACAACAAAAAAAAAACUCCUCCUCUCAGUAUCACUACUGUCCAAGACGGUCACUACGCCCUCUUUUCCUUAAGCAAAUGUGUUUUUGUUGUUUGUUUGUUUUUUGUUUUUUUUUCUUCUCUCUUUCAAAUCAUCGUGCCUUUGGUUCUCUAUCAUUCCAUGUGUCUUGUGUAUCUCUGUGCUGAUUAUGCAUUCCCUGCUGUAUAAAAGUCCACCAGUGA